CCCCUCUCCCUUGGCCCCCUUUCUCUUCCUUCACUCAUCCCCUUCUACCAUUCCAAUCACCCUGAACACCGAUUCCUCAUCAUGGACACCACCGAGAACAUCCCAAUCAAGCCAGAACCACAGGAAGACUCGACGUGGCGUUUCCAGCCCAAUGAAACGAUCUCUCUACUCAGCGACGACGAAGACGACUCACUCUUCAUCACACCCUCCAAACAUCUUCCCACCCGCGACUCCAAGUCUCCCUUCCUGGCCACCAACGGCCCAGCUUCACCCAAAUCCUCUCCUUUAGUGAAGUCUUCACCAAAGUCUUCGGCCCACGACUCAGACGUCGAAGAAAUCGAUCCUCCCGUAUUGUCUACUCUCCCGGCGAAGAAGAACCUGGCCACGACAGAUAUUCAACGGAUGCUACUUCAAAAGCAACGAGAACUUGCGGACAAAUGCCGCAGUGGGCAGCCGGUGACGAUUGCCUCGACGAUUGCCUCUGCUCCCCUCAACUCGAUCAAGCCGAUCCCUGACGUGGCGAACAGUGUUCCCGUCAUGGACAACACGACCAAAGGCUCUGGCUACGAUGCCGAAGCUGCUGCAUUCAAGAGGAAGGAGAAGGCUAUGCUAAAGAAACGAGAUGCGGGCAAGCUUACCGAUGCCGAGGAGAUCGAAUUGAUCCGUCUCGAAGCUGAAGAGUCCGCCCGGCGCAGAAAGCGAAAAGCCGACGAAGCAUUUGUGCAGGCUGAGCAGGAGACAGUGACGAUCGAGGACGAUGAGGAUAUCCCCAGUGAUUCGGAGCAAGGGGUAGAACCCCGCGUCUUCCAGCCUUACCAGCCAGCGAAGAAACAGAAGAAGACGAAACAGCAGGCUAGAAAGCCGCCUAUCCUGGAAGACAGCGAUGGCAGUGAUGACGAUGAGGAUGGCCUUCCUCCUCCGAAGAAAGCUCCUAAGAAAGGAGCGAAGAAAGUCGGAAAGACAGCAAAGACGAAGAAAGGCGAUGGCAAGAAGAAGCAAAAGAAAGACCUCUCCGCCUCCCUGGCCAACUUGGGCAAUCUUACGUCGGCGGAUGUCUUCAGAGAUACUGCUGCCACGGCACAUCUUGCCGCGCAGCCGACAUUUGGAGCUACUGGGCCUCUGGGCCGCAGAGACAAGGCCUUGCGGGAGCUUGUCGCUUCGAUCCCUACAACAGAUAAAUCCGUCGUGCGGGAUGAUAGGAAGCUUCUCGACAGGUGCAUUCGCUCCUUCACCGGUUCCGCCCACGGUGCUGUCCGACCGGGAGAAGAUGGGAAUUGGCGAGUCAAAGGCAUGAAGACUACGCUCAAACAUUACCAGAUCUUGGGAGUCGGGUUCAUGCGCGAUCGCGAGAACGGCGGGAAGCCACGAGGCGGCAUCCAGGCGGACGAGAUGGGUCUCGGCAAGACGAUUAUGUCGCUGGCCAACAUCGUGAACGGGCAAGCACCGGCGAAGGCCGAGCGCAGGGCGACUUUGAUCGUUGCGUCGCCCGCGUUGGUCACGCAAUGGUUCGAGGAGAUCAAGAGACACUGCGUUCUUGCCAGCGAAGAAAAAGCCGGGCUGCGUGUCAUGAAAUGGUGUGCGAGAUCGAAGAGCCAGUCGGACAAUAUCCUAGGGAUGUUCAACGACCACAGCAUUGUUCUGACAACGUACAACGAGGUCGCCGGCUCUUUUCCAACAAACGACCCACCGGACGAGAUUAUCGACGCUCUUGACAAGGCUGCGUGGGUCAAGAAGAACUUCGAAGAAGAGCGCGGCCCUCUGCAUCAAUGCAAGUGGCUACGCGUCGUCCUGGAUGAAGCUCAUGCUAUCAAGAAUCACAAGUCGCGUACCUCUCUGGCGUGCAGAGCGCUCGAUGCCAGGCACUACUGGGCGGUCACCGGUACACCUAUCCUGAAUUCGCUGGCGGAGUUCUACCCCUACUUCUCCCUGAUCCGUGAGCCAUGCGUUGGAGAAUACGACCUCUUCAAGAAGAACUUUCUGGUCAAAGACGGAGAAGACGUCGUCGCGAACAGGAGGUUGGCUGCGCUUUUGAACAAGGUCAUGUGCAGGCGCACUCACCAGGACACACUAUUCGGUGCUAGACUAUUGGAGCUCCCUCCACCGACCGAGAUCAGUGCCUGGCUGUCUUUCAACGACGUUGAGCGGAAGAUCUAUCAGAUCGUUGAGAACCGAUUCAUUCAGCGCAUCAACCGCAUCUCCCGCAACGGAGAGAUGGAAUCCAAGUACAACCACGUCUUCACGUUACUGUUGCGCUUGCGCCAGCUAUGCAGCCAUGUUCUGCUCAUCCAAGGGACAAUCCUUGACCUUCUGGAGCGGGAAGACUACGAAGCACUGGAGGCUUUGUGCGACAAAGAAGACGACUCUGUCACCACGGAGGGCGCAUCGCUCAUCGUCUCGCUGCGAAACAUCCUGCAGGCUCACACGGCCGCCAAAGACCAGGAAGAGCGCGUACUGGGGCAGAAUGUCAUCGAAACCGAGUUACGCCCCAUCGACCUGGUCAGCUUCGAGCAAAACCAACAUGGAAAAGGCGGGCAGCACGGCCUCGCAUAUCGGUUUAGAAAGUACCUUUUGAGCCUUCGGAAUUCCAAACAGUGGGAUGCCAUGGUUCAGCGGUCGACCUGCUGUGCGUGCCACCAGCAACCCGAUGACCCCUGGGUCACGAGCUGCUUCCACAUCUACUGUCGCACCUGUUUGCAAGAUCUGGCUACAUGGGCCGCGCAUCUCGGGAAAGACAGUGCCCAGUGUACUGAGUGCGGACAAGAGUAUACCAGCGCCGACUCAUGCGCAGGCCUCGAGGAAUUGCGGGCGAAAAAGAACGCGACAGAGAAGAAUGGCGGCGACGGAACGAAAUCCAAGACAAACGGGAAGAAGAGCGGAGACGAGAUGGAGUCCUGGAUCGACAUGAACGGCGACAUUCUUAGCUCGACAAAGACCAUUGCGAUCAAGGCGCAGCUACUCGCAUGGAAGGCCCUUGAUCCCAGCGUCAAGGUCAUCGUCUACACGCAAUUCCUGCCCAUGAUCCGCAUCUGUGAGAGGAUGUGCCUCGCCGAAGGCUUCGAAUACUGCACAUACGCCGGCAACAUGACUCUCGAGGCUAGAGACAAGGCAAUCGAAGAAUUCGGCAAGAGUUCUACGAAGAACGUCCUCCUCGCCUCGCUGCGCUCCGGAGGACUCGGGCUCAACUUGACGAUGGCUAGCCGUGUCUUGAACGUCGACAGCUGGUUCAAUCGCAGUCUGGAGCAGCAGGCCUUCUGCAGAGUGUUCCGUAUCGGCCAGACCAAAGAAACGACAUUCACAAGACUCUACGUCAAAGGCACCGUCGACGCCCGCAUGCACGAAAUCAAGAAGAACAAGGACAUCGAGAUUGACGAUUGUCUCGGGACUCAUCAGCGUGGGGAGAAGAUGGAGGUUCAUGAGCUCAUGAAGCUUUUUGGGACGGUGGAGAACGACGAAGAUGGACGUCCAUUCAUUCAUCCCAACCCGAUUGAGGAGAUUGAAGACGAGGAUUAAUUCUUGCGAUUGAUAGGACAGGAACGGACGGAGAGGAACGGGAAUUGGGACUGAUAUUUGGCUGAGAUGGGGAACUUACUGAGAUUAUUUCUAUGCGUGUAGUAUAUCGGCCGGACUGGGAACAUUCGAGAUGUAGUUAUAGUGAGAACAAAUAGUUGGAAAAACAUUGAUACG